UACUGCGGUUGUGUGUAAAAUGUGGGAUAAUGUGACAAAUGUUAAAAAAUUAUGCAAAAUUAAACAGUAACUUGAUUUAUGUGUGCCAGUAGUUACUUUGGCUUGCUUGGAUUGUUAUGAACCAUCGAGUUUUCGGCGUUGGAGUUGGAGUUUUUAUCAUUGUAGCUGUAUGGAUCUGUGCAAUCUGCCUGGCCUUUAUAUUUGCAAAAACUAAACGCCCAAUAUCGUUUCUUGGUUGUGGUGUCGUGAUCCUUGCUUCUCUGAUUACUGUCAUUCUGUUAUGCAUCCCUAAAGAAACUGAAAAUAUUGCCUAUGAACCAGAAUUAUUGCCACCAGAUUAUUUAUUUAUUUGGCGUUUAGCUUUGUUAGUGUUUUUAAUCUUAAGUUUUUUUGCUGCUAUUGUUGUAAUGAUAACAGAGCACUGGGCUGUCCCACGUUAUGCAAAGCCCUUAAAAAAGGUGUCCUGCAGAACAAUUAUCAAUAAGUCUUUUUAAAAAUACCACACAUUUCGUUUGCAUCGGUAGACUACUAAGUACUGUAUAAAUUUUAAAAAUCUCAUUGAUAGUGUACUGUUUUGUAACAAUGGCUGAUAAGACACCAAAAAUUGGUGCUCGCGUUGAAGUUGUGGGUAAAGAUGUGAGAGGUAAGGUUGCCUUUGUUGGUAACACAAAUUUCUCCUCUGGGAAGUGGAUAGGAGUUAUAUUAGAUGAAGCUAAGGGGAAAAAUAAUGGUUGCGUUCAGGGGAAAACAUAUUUUAGCUGUCCUGACAACCAUGGAAUUUUCGUUCGUUCAACGCAGCUUUUAGUUUUAGAUGAUGACAAUGGGGUGAAAAGCAGACCUUCCUCAUCUCCUUCUACUGGCUCGCAAGAAAAUAUCUCCGUGAGAGAAACUCCUGAUAAGAGAAGAAAAUCCUCUUUUACUACAGGCAUUCCUAAAUUUCCAUCGGAUAAAGGAGCUAAAGAUGCUGCUAAUAUGGCUGAGACUCCAGGGCAUGGUGCAAGUUCGCUCAGAAGUUCUGUGAUAGAAGAGACAGUCCCUAGCUCAUCACCCGAUAUCACAUCAAUUAAAGCAGCUGCCGCUACUCUUGAGUUCAAAGGUGUCAUACUUCAGAAGGAGCAGGAAAUCGAUGGGCUGAAGAGUGAGAUCAAAGAUCUGAAUGAAAAAUUGGAAACCAUAAAAAUUAAACGAUCUGAGGACCUGGCGAAAAUCAAAGAAGCCGAAAAGACUAAAAUUCAGGUUCAACAGUUAUUAGAGUAUAAAGCUAAAAUAACCGAAGUUCAAGCUGAUCUUCAACGUCAGCUAACUCAAGCAAGAAAAGAGGCAAAAGAUGCUGUUGAGGCAAAAGAACUUCAUGCUGAAGAAAUGUCUGAUUUAGCUGAAGCUAUGGAGCUAGCAACCUUAGACAAAGAAAUGGCCGAAGAAAAGUGUGAAACACUUCAAGCCGAGUUGGAGCAAACAAGAGAAAAAUUAGAGGAAUUACAGAUAGACUAUGAAAUUAUGAAAACAGAGAUAGCUGAUAAAGGUAGCGAUGGGACUGCAACCAUGUACCAGGUGAAACAACUAGAGCAGCAGAACGAGAGACUAAAAGAAGCUCUUGUCAAAAUGAGAGAUUUGUCUGCUCAAGAAAAGCAAGAACAGCAAAGAAAUCAAAAAGAAAUUGAUCAGCAAAAAUCAGAGAUUACUGAACUAAGCAGAGCUAAAGAGAAACUAAGUGCUUUAGUAGACGACUACGAAAAACAGCUCGGAGAGUUGAAAGAGCAAGUGGAUGCAGCUCUUGGAUCUGAAGAAAUGAUUGAACUUUUAACCGAAAGAAAUUUAGCAUUAGAAGAUCGUGUUAAAGAACUACAAGUGUUAGUUGAUGAUUUGGAAAGUAUGCAAGAUGUCAAUGAUCAGCUUCAAGAAACUGCCAAAGAAACUGAGCUGGAGCUUCGUGAAGAAGUAGAUAUGGCUAAUGCUAAAAUCCUUGAAGGACAGAGGAAACUUGAAGCAACACAAGAAGCUAUAGCUGAUUAUGAACAAACCAUUAAAAAAUUCAGGGAACAAACUGAACAACUGAAAGAAGCAAAUCAUGAGUUGAGAAUGCAACUGCAAAAAGAAUCGGAUAGGGUAGAAAUGUCUAAACCUGUUGAAUACUUCGAUUUCAAGGUGAAAUAUGCCGAGACAAAGGCAUUUGCUCGAGCAGUUGAAAUGGAUUUGAGAAGAUUAGAAGUGCAAGAAGCUAAUCAACAUGUCACAUACCUAUGUGCAUUCAUGCCUGAGCAUUUUCUAAGUCGUGGCUCAGAUCAUGAUGCUAUUUUAGUACUCUUACUUGUUCCUAGAAUGAUAACAAAAGCGGAAAUUUUGGCAUCACAAGUUAAAGACAAAUUCCCGUGCCCUGAACAGAUAACUAAAGAUGUUGUUCUAAAAACUCAUAAAGUUGAUCAGUAUUCGUUCGCUAAUCGCUUGAUGUACCAAUUAUAUUUUCUGCAGUCACUUUUGCAUCAGUAUGAAAAUGCUCUUAACAACUGCAGUGUUGAACUUUUUAUGAAGAUAGGUACCCUUUACAUGGAAAUGGCUGUGCAGGAGAAAGCUCUCGACUUCUAUAUUGAUUUGCUGAGGAAAGAUCAGCUUGAUGAAAACGUGAAUCUUGAAGCCUUGCUGAAAUCCGUUAUGUAUUUUUACAAUCUCUACAGUGUCCAUCUGGCAUCUGAAGGAAUAGAUUGCAAUUCAUUUUUAGGAGAUCACAUGAAGCUUAUUGGAGCUGCUUGUGAGUCGAUUCACACGGACAUAUCAAGUGUGAAGGCACUUCUUGAUAAUUCUGGCGAGAGUAGCGAAUUUGGUUCCUUGCUGAACGAUGUUCGUCAAUAUUCUGACGACGUUCGGCAAUUCGUGAAAAAAAUCCGAAGGCGUCUUCCUGCAGAUGGAAACAGUACCACAUUGAUAUUUCCUCCCGACAUUCACGCUCAACUGAAUCAAUGUCGCGAACACAUGGGGCAGGUUACAACUGCUGCAUUUAUGUUACGAAAGUCUGCUGUUCAGCAAAUGGCUAUGUCUGGUGACGUGGCACACAUGAAUGUGGAAAAGUUAAAAGAACUGGCCCAUGAAUCCACUGAUAAAGCUUAUGGGAAAGAUGAUAGUGGUCCUGAGUGUAUGAGGCAAUCCGUAAAUUUGGUUAUGACAUAUAUGAAUAAAAUUUCUGGUGCUAUGCAGGAAGGCGAGUAUGAAGUUGAUCGUUCUAGCAUUAACAAAGAAAAUCCUCCUGUAUAUUUAAGAUCACAAGCUAUUAAAGAUGAAGCUAAAGAUUUGGAAAAUUUAAAAUUUAAACUGGAAGCACGUGAAGGCGAUAUUCUUGAACUGAAGAAAGUUCUGAAAGCUAGAAGUGAUGAGUUGAGUGAAAUGCAUGUACGCAAAGAAAUGGCUGAAAAGAAAUUAGAAAUAGCUACUAAAGAUAGCGAUGAAAGAGUGGAGCGCAUCCAGCGGCAGCUUGAUGAAGCGAAAAUGUCUCUUAAGAAAAAAGAGAAGGAGUUUGAAGAAACUCUUGAUCAUCUACAAGCAGAUAUCGAUGCAUUAGAGACUGAACGUGGCGAACUGAAAGACAAAAUAAAGUUAUUUUCAAAGAAAGCUAUUUUGGAGGGACUAUCUAAGACAACAUCUUUAGCGAAUUUAGUUGCAUCUCCAACCAGUCCAACAGUUCCUGGAUCAGCUCCUUCAAAUGUAAUUUUGUCACGUGAUAGCUCAUUGCUUUCACAGCAAGUUCAAGAUUUGCAGCUAGCUUUGAAGCAUUUGAAAAAUGAGAAUUUGAGAUUGCAAAAUGAACGCAUGAUGAAUCAGUUGGCGAACUUGCCUCCUCUCAAAAUUCCUGCUAAACCAAUUGGUUUGGCUAGUACGACAGGCUUCAGAAAUAUGGUGGAUCUGGAAGAAGAAGAGUCUUUUGUGUCAAACGAUAUUAUUGAACUGUCAAAAAGAUCCAAAACUCUUCUGCACAAAGCGCAUAAUUUGUGCUGCCCUACCGUUGUUGACAUCACAAAACGUAAACCGGGUGUUGAACCUGCUAUAGAUAAAAUGACGGCUAAGAGUCAACUUGUAGAAGAAACCAUUAAGCUGAAAACAUUGCAAAAUGAAGUUCAGAAGCUAAAAAUUGACAUAGCUAAUUUACGUGCCUCCAAAGGCGAAGGAACGCAUGUUAAUGCUGAUUUUUCUUCAUUUGCUACUCCAAGUUUUGCAAAGGCUUUUCAUGAAGAUAAACAAUUAAUAGGAAGACUAUUUGUCCCUAGCAGAGGUGGUGGUGAUGAUAAAAUAACAAUCCCAUUGCUUCUAAAUAUGAAUGAACUUAAUCGGCUGCAUUCCAAAAUGUUGUCAUAAAGCUGCGUGCCUUGGCUUAUGAGUAUUUUAGGUUCUGAAAGUUGUAUGAUUUUAUUGUUGACUAAUUUUCAUAGUUGUUUCAAUUUACAGCUUUCUUCUAGCAGAGAUGUGUUUUUCUUCUCAUAAUCUUAACUUUUAGUGGAUUUAAGUGGAUUGAAAUAGGUUUGAAGAGUUAUAUGAUUGUAAUUUUUUGUAUAAAAUUUAGUUUGUACUAUUUGAUUUACCUUUAUAGUGUUAAUUUAAUUCUUUGUGCGUGUGGUUUUAUGUAUAUUAUCUUAUAUUUUGGGUUAUAAUGUGAUGAUGAAAUUGUUUAAUGUUUUUCAGUCUUUCUAGUAGUAUGUUAUUUUAUUGUUUCGCUCUAUAAAUUAUAUUUACUGUUAAAUUUAAAAACAAAAAGCUUUCAUACCAAAGUGUUUUUUCACCUUUGUUUUGUCUUUAUGUCUUCUUUUACAUGAAAGAAGUCAGUAUAAGACAUAACGUUCUUUUCAAAGAAAAAUAAAUGCUACUUUAUUAGUAAUUAAGUAGCACAUGAAUAUAAGAAAUUCUUAAUUUUUAAAUUACUAUUUUUUAUUUUAUUUUUACAAUCCAGAGUAAUGUUUGUUUAGUAUUUUGUUUGGAGGAAACACAUAAGAAUUUAAAAUAUGUGUCUAAAGCUUUUUUUUAUUCAGAAUGGCCAGCAAAAUUGUAAGGGAGAAAAGGAUCAUUAUUUUUAGUGACAAGCAGAGGGGCCCCAAAGGAAGGUCACUCUGACCUUCUAAAAGUUUCUAUAUUCCGCAAAUUUUGUCUGAAGAUUCAACAAAAUUAUCACCAUUCGGCAAAAUGUGGAGCUCCAUUUGGCAGAUUGGGAAAGGAGAGUGAUUUGAAUACAGUCAAACCUUGAUAUCUCAAACCUCUUUAUCUCAAAACCCUUGAUGUCUGAAAAAAAAAAAAAAUUCCCCAACAUUUUCUAUAAAACUCCUAUGUAUUUUCCAUAGUUAUCUCGAAAUUUAUUUUUCGAAACCCUUAAUAUGUCACAAUAUUUGCACAGAAGUAAGUUUCAAUUCCUAUUCCUAUUCAGAGUCACAACUGACUACAACUGCACUUAUGUCGAGGACUGCAUACUAAGUGCCUUGCCUCCAUUAUUUUAUAUACCGAUAGAUGGCAGCACCAUCACCGGAUCGAACAGGGCAGUUCUCAAAAGGUGGGAACAAAAAAGUUAACUUUGAGCAAUUUCAAAAAUUUUCGAAUUUGAUAUCAAUUUUGCUUUUAUUCUAUAGUAUGCAUACCUAGAACACAAUAUAUGAACAUGAAAAGACAGCAGGUAUUUGUAAAAAUUGUUAAUUAGCAAAUUAAAUCAGCAAUCUGUAGGUAACAGAUUUUGGACAUUGUUGUCCUGUAGGUAACGGAUUUUGGACAUCAUCAUAAUGUAAGUUUCACCAUUUUUGACAACUGAUAAUCUGAUUUUUAACUUUUCCAAUGAAAAUUUUAUUUACUACCUUUUGAAUUUUGCAAUUUAAUGAUAAAGAGGAUAGUAAUGAAGCACUUGAAUGGCUAUACAUACUGCUCUUUACAUAUAAUAAAGUUUUGGAAUGAUUUUGAAGAAGUUGAUGAAAGGUAGAAAAAAGCUUCAUGGAAAUAAUUAUACAAACUUGUAGUUUGAUUUUUUGGGACAAAUAAGGAAUAAAAAUAGAGACAAAUAAAUACGACAUAUAUAUUUUUAAAGGAAAAAUAAACAAAAUAUGCUUUAAGAAAGAAUGUAAAAAGUGACAUCAGUUUUAAUAAUGAAUAUAUUUUCUAAUGUCAUAAGAAUUAAAACAAUGUCUAAAAAAAAUUAUUGAAAAAAGAAAUUCGUAUUUCUAUUUGGAGAUCGUUAAAUUAUGUUUCCAAAAGAAAGAAGAGAAAAAAAAAAUUCUAAAAUAAUAAAAGCGGCGGGAAAAAAAAAUUUGCUAGUGCAGGUGAUAAAGUCGCCAAAACUGGUGCAGCUGACGAUUAACUACAUUUGUCAAACUGGAAUCCCCCUCUGGUAACCUUUAGCUUAUCGCAUACUGUGUUGUCGCCAACGGAGGUUUGCUUGGCGAUUUUCGCGCAAAAUGGCUUUCGUUCGAACAUAAACAGCCAUGUUUCUACUAUAAUUUAUGUAUUGUUCAAUGUGUAACGUAUUAAUUAUGCAAAAUACCUAUGGUUUAAAGAAGAUAACAUCAUAAUAAUCUAUUUUAUUGAUGUUAGAAGACAGUGGAUUAUAAAAAAAUUAUAAAUAAACGGACAGAAUUAUCGGCGUCAAGAUCGUAACGCCAUUUGGACAUCUCACAUGUAUGUUUAAGAAAAAUCAUUUUUCUUCAAAGAUACUGCAUAAAAGCUUAUGAAAACACUUUUAAACAAUUAAAAAUUGAUUCUGAGGAUCGAUAAAUACCUUUAAAACGAAAACAUCAUAUACUUAGUUCUCAAAUAAUAGCAUUUUAAA